AAUGCCAAAGCCAGCUAUGACUUCAGCAGUAAUGAUCCCUACCCCUACCCCCGCUAUACAGAUGACUGGUUUAACAGCCACGGGACAAGGUGUGCGGGAGAGGUGUCUGCUGCUGCCAACAACAACAUCUGUGGCGUGGGAGUUGCGUACAACUCCAAAGUGGCAGGUAUUCGAAUGCUCGACCAGCCAUUUAUGACGGACAUUAUUGAGGCUUCCUCUAUCAGUCAUAUGCCUCAAGUCAUAGAUAUAUAUAGUGCCAGCUGGGGACCGACUGAUAAUGGAAAGACUGUGGAUGGACCUAGAGAGCUAACGCUGCAAGCGAUGGCAGAUGGCGUGAACAAGGGCCGGGGCGGCAAAGGAAGCAUCUAUGUCUGGGCCUCUGGAGAUGGGGGCAGCUACGACGACUGCAACUGUGAUGGUUAUGCAUCGAGCAUGUGGACAAUCUCCAUCAACUCUGCUAUAAAUGAUGGGCGGACAGCUCUGUAUGAUGAAAGCUGCUCUUCAACGUUAGCCUCCACCUUUAGUAAUGGGAGGAAGAGAAAUCCGGAGGCUGGCGUGGCUACAACAGAUUUGUAUGGGAACUGCACCCUGCGUCACUCAGGAACGUCUGCAGCUGCCCCUGAGGCAGCCGGAGUGUUUGCCUUGGCCCUGGAGGCUAACUUGGACCUGACAUGGAGAGACAUGCAACAUCUGACAGUGCUCACCUCCAAGAGGAACCAGCUUCACGAUGAGGUUCAUCAAUGGCGUAGAAAUGGCGUUGGGCUGGAAUUCAACCAUUUGUUUGGCUAUGGUGUCCUCGAUGCGGGAGCAAUGGUUAAGAUGGCGAAAGACUGGAAGACUGUUCCCGAGAGAUUCCAUUGUGUCGGAGGGUCAAUACAGGAACCUGAAAAGAUACCACCAAGCGGCAAGCUGGUCCUCACUCUUACAACUGAUGCUUGUGAGGGGAAGGAAAACUUUGUCCGAUACCUUGAACACGUCCAGGCGGUUAUAACUGUGAAUUCCACUAGGCGAGGAGAUCUCAACAUCAACAUGACCUCUCCCAUGGGAACAAAGUCCAUUUUACUGAGCCGGCGCCCCAGGGAUGACGACUCCAAGGUGGGUUUUGACAAAUGGCCUUUCAUGACCACACACACGUGGGGAGAAGACCCCCGAGGCACCUGGGCUCUAGAGAUUGGGUUUGUCGGCAGCCUGCCGCAGCGGGGCGUGCUGAAGGAGUGGACACUGAUGCUGCACGGGACUCAGAGCGCUCCGUAUAUAGACCAAAUAGUCAAAGAUUAUCAGUCCAAACUGGCCAUGUCCAAGAAGGAAGAGCUGGAAGAAGAGUUGGAUGAAGCAGUGGAGAGAAGCCUGAAGAGUAUACUGAGCAAGAACUAGUGCUGUGCUGCAUGACGGUGUCUUUCCUUCCCCAGAUCCCUCUGCUCACCUUUCUACUAUCUAAACCUCUAUGUUAGACAUAUUCCAAUGAUCGUCUGUGUAGCCAGAUUAUCACACUUUCUUGAUUUUAAAGUCUUACAUCUUGUCAAUAAUUAUUUUAAUUACCACCGAAGCAAUCCUUUUUUUUACUCUAAACCACAAAUAUACUGUCCCCCACCAAAUACUAUGUACAGUUUGUGACUGUAAAUGAUUUUUUCUUUUGUGUCCUACGACUAGGUAAUAACCCGCAAAGACGUUGAUGGCUUUUUCCUUCAUAUUUUUGUGGUAAAUGUUGUUUGUAU